GAUGUCAUUAUUCUGGACUGUCCUUUGGGCAAAGAAAGCAUAAUAGUUGGGCCUUGUGAAUGAAAUUCAAGAGAAGGCCAGCGAUAUGCUAAUACCCUAAAACUCUAAAACCCUUUUCCUAUCAGUAUCCUUCAAUUCUACCUGCGCAGGUGGGAAUUAAGCCAAAAAUACAGGUGAUUUGCCAAAGGAGAGCUCAAGCGAGCUGCUACAAUGGUGAAAAUCUCAAGACCUACGAGUAACAAUGACAGUGCCGCUAAGAAGAAGAAGAAUAAGAAGAAAAUCAAUCCUAAUGCCAUAGCCAUGAAAGUCAAAGCUCCAGUAGCAAAACCUAACCCUUUUGAAACCAUCUGGUCUCGUCGCAAAUUUGAUAUCCUCGGCAAGAAACGCAAAGGAGAAGAACGCCGUAUUGGCCUCGCUCGCUCCAUCGCUAUCGAAAAGAGAAAGAAAACAUUGCUGAAGGAUUACGAGCGGAGUGGUAAGUCAUCGGUGUUUGUUGAUAAGCGGAUUGGGGAGCAAAAUGAGGAGCUUGGUGAGUUUGAUAAGGCUAUCCUCAGAUCUCAACGAGAAAUGCGGGUGAAGCUUAGCAAGAAAAGCAAGUAUAAUCUAUCUGAUGGAGAAGAAGAUGAGUUUGAGAUUCAAGAUGACAGAUUGUAUCCUGAAAGAGACGAUUUUGAGGAUGAAGUACCAUUUGAUGAGGAAGAUGGAGAUGCAACAGAGGCUGAGAAAAGGUCUCUCAUAUUAAAGCAGCUUAGUGCCAAUGGCACCCCUAGUGCUCAUGGAACUGGAGUUGAAGGAGAAGAAAAUAGGCAAAAGACUAAAAAGGAGGUUUAUGAUGAGAUAAUAUCAAAGAGCAAAUUCUUCAAGGCAGAGAAAGCUAAGGAUAAGGAAGAAAAUGACCAAUUAAUCAAAAAAUUGGAUGAACAAUUUACAUCUUUGUCCUCCAAAUCCAUAUCUAACCAAAUGAAUGUUGUGAAUGAUGUUACAAGCAAAAACAUUAUGAAUAUGAAUUCUAGUAAAGUUGAAACUGAUCAGGGGCAAGAUGAUGAUUAUGAUAAACUACUUAAUGUCAUGGUGCUGGAUAUGCGGGCCGCCCAUCAAAUAGGACAAAAACUCCUGAAGAAAUUGCACAAGAAGAAAAAGAAAGACUAG